GCUCUACUUAGGCGCAGCGGCUGAUCCGCGCAUCUGCUCGAGAUCCCGGCCCGCCACCGGAUCCCUAGCGCUGGGCUCAGCUGCUCCGCCGCGCUCCGCCGUCCGGGGUGGGCACCCUGAGGCAUGAGCGCCCCCGCGACGCUGCCCCCCGGGGGAGAGGAGGGGCUGGACACCGCCUGGCCCCCCACGACCAACGCCAGCCGCGCUCCGGAGGAGGAAGAGGAGGUGGUGAGGUCCGACAGGACGGGGACCGCGGGCAUGGUCACCAUCCAGUGCAUCUACGCGCUCGUGUGUCUGGUGGGCCUGGUGGGCAACGCCCUGGUUAUCUUCGUGAUCCUACGCUAUGCCAAGAUGAAGACGGCCACCAACAUCUACCUGCUCAACCUGGCCGUCGCCGAUGAACUCUUCAUGCUGAGCGUGCCCUUCGUGGCCACGGCCGCUGCCCUGCGCCACUGGCCCUUCGGGGCGGUGCUGUGCCGCGCUGUCCUCAGCGUGGACGGUCUCAACAUGUUCACUAGUGUCUUCUGCCUCACCGUGCUCAGCGUGGACCGCUACGUGGCGGUGGUGCACCCUCUGCGUGCCGCCACCUACCGGCGGCCCAGCGUGGCCAAGCUCAUCAACCUGGGAGUGUGGCUGGCAUCCUUGCUGGUCACCCUGCCCAUAGCCGUCUUCGCGGACACUAAGCCUGCCCGCGGCGGUGAGGCGGUGGCUUGCAACCUGCACUGGCCUCACCCGGCCUGGUCUGCAGUCUUCGUGGUCUACACUUUCCUGCUGGGCUUCCUGCUCCCGGUUCUGGCCAUCGGCCUGUGUUACCUGCUCAUCGUCGGCAAGAUGCGUGCUGUGGCCCUUCGGGCUGGCUGGCAGCAGCGGAGGCGCUCAGAAAAGAAGAUCACGAGGCUGGUGCUGAUGGUGGUGGCCGUCUUUGUGCUGUGCUGGAUGCCCUUCUAUGUAGUUCAGCUGCUGAAUCUGUUUGUCACCAGCCUGGAUGCCACAGUCAACCAUGUGUCCCUGAUCCUCAGCUAUGCCAACAGCUGUGCCAACCCCAUUCUCUAUGGCUUCCUCUCUGACAACUUCCGGCGCUCUUUCCAGCGGGUUCUCUGCCUGCGCUGCUGUCUCCUGGAUGCUGCUGCAGGUGCUGAGGAAGAGCCCCUGGACUAUUAUGCAACUGCUCUCAAGAGUAGAGGGGGUGCCGGAUGCAUAUGCCCCACACUGCCCUGCCAGCAGGAACACAUGCAAACAGAACCUGGUGGCAAGCAAAUCCCUCUCACCAAGACCACUACUUUCUGAAAAUCCUUUUCACCUUCUCCACAGGUUUGCACCACCCUUCACAGCCCAGCAACUUCAAGGACAACUCGCAUUUCCACCAAACUAGCCCCUUCUAGCAGUUUGUAUGCUGUCCUCAGGAGCCCCAGGACUCCUGCUAUCCCCUCUCCCAGGACUCGCUCAAAGGACACCUCCAUGAGGGUAGGACUCUUCUGGGAACUGGGAUAGGAUGCCUCUGGUGAUUUUUUAAGGGGUGGGAAACAAGUGAGGGCCAGAGAGGAAUGAUCACCCUUAUGUGAUUUGUCACAGUGACUGCUUGAGAGAGCCCUGAACUCUUUGCCUUAUGGUGGGAGGGCCCUGCCGUCUGCGGGCUCUUUGCCUAAUGAUGGGAGGGCAGUGUGCAAGGUGAGACGGGAGGAGAGAGGACACCUCCAAGUAUAUUCCCUCUGUGUCUGUGCCAGGCUGUCAUUGCUAAGUGCGAUGUUUGUGCAACAGCAGUGGACGUGUGCUUUUUACCCCACAAGUGUCUCCUGGUUGUUCACUUCCUGUGAAUGGGAAAAGUUUAUAGAGACAUGACAUGGGGGUUGUUGUAAGGCAUGAAAGUCCUGGUCAGGAAUAAAAAU